GUAAAUCUUUCGACAUUUUCGUAUUUUCUUGCGAUAACAAACGUUGGACACCUUCACCUUUGUCGAGCGCGCUAGUAACAUGAGAAGUGCGCCGCCGCACCGCCUGACCAGCGAACUCUAGUCCCAAAAUGCUUUGCAGGGAGAAUUUUAUAUUUUUGAAGUUCUCUGUGAUUUUACAAUUUUAUAGUGAGGAAUUAUCCGUUCAGAAUAUGCUUUUAAAAUGAAAAGACACCGUCCUAUAAAUGAAAGGCGUUGGGAGUGUAGAUUGUGCAAUUGUUUUCAAGCAAUUUCACUACGAACGUUGCUUAAUCAUUAUAAUAAGGUUCAUGGAAAUGAGCCCAAUUUUCAAGUAGUGUGUGGCAUCGAGAAUUGUCCAGCAACAUUUACGAAAUAUAAUUCGUUAUACAAGCACAUUACAAGAUCUCAUAAAGAAGUCUACGAUAAUAAUAUCGAGGAUAAUACCAACGUUGAAUUUAACCACAACAAUGAGGAUAAUAUCGAUGAUAUGGACGAUAUUGAUCACCACUUCUCAGUCGACUCAGCCUCAGAUGAGAGCAGUAGUGAUGAAGAAUUGGAAUUGGAAAUGAAUAUAGAUAAGAACCAGAAUGUUGACAAUAUUGAUAUUACAAAGAGUGCUGCCUCAUUUCUCUUAAAGGUGAAAGAAAGGAAUAAAAUACCUCAGGUUGCAAUGGAAUCAAUAAUGGACAGUACACGCACACUGGUAAAGCAAGUGGUAGAUUCUGUGAAAGCGGAAGUUUUAAAUGUCAUGGCCUUCUACCCUCAAUUGAAAUUGUGGAUGUUUACAAAAGUUGCUUAAGACGUUAUCUUUCGAUGAAAAACAUCAAGCUUAUCACGUUUCGGAGAGUACAGAGGAUGUUACUGCAAUUUAUCCUUAUGACAGUCUAGUGGACUUUAAUGUCUUUCAUUGGAAGAAAGAUAAAGAGAAUAACAAGUAUGUUACAGUGAAAUAUGACCUUUGUGAUAUAAUUGAGGAGCAUAUUGAAGGACGAAAUCCUCUUCAUUUGUGACUGGUAAGAGUUUUUAGAAAAAUUUAAAUUGUAUAUAGUAUCUUGCAUGAAACAGGCAGUCAAGACUAUUAACAUAAAUUGUGGCACAUUGUUUCAACACUAUUUCACCAAAUGGCACAUUGUUUCAACUUGUAUGUUACACAGUGAAACAAACAUAUGUAUCCAGAACAAUGUUACCAGGUAUAAUGUAUUGUUUGUAUAAAAAGCGGCAAUCAGCUGCUUUCUUCUUUAUGUGCAGUGGACUUAAUCGCACCUAUAUAUUACUACUAAUGUUGAAUCACCUUGUCAUAACUAUUUACUGUUUAUUGAAGGGCUUAUUCUAGCCAACCUAUAGCAUUGAGUGAUUUUAGGGUUGAAACAUUUUAAUAUUUCAUCCGGAAAGUUUGAAAUUAAAAAUAUCCAUUUCAAAUGAAUCUAUUCACUGAGCUCAUAUAUUAUGAAAACGAUACGUUUUCAGCGAUGACAAUUAAUGCCAAAGUGUACAGUACAAUUUAGAUUUGAAAUGGAUAUUUUUAUUUCAAACAUUCCGGGUGAAAUACAAAAAUAUUUAAUUGAAUUGCCUUUCAAGCUGGCUCCAUAUAGUUAUAACAAAAUUCAGGUAAAAAAAACAUGAAAAGAAAUGGGUGACUUUCCCCAACAGUAUUAGCUGAAGAAAAUUCCAGGAUAAGCUGAUGUAAGCAUGGGUGAUUUGAUCUGUUACUAACAAUUAAUAGUGUGAUUUUUAGUUCAUAAAUAAACUAAAAAAAACAUUUUCAGUUAAAAUCUUCAAAAUGCCUUAAUGCUAUCCUAAUAACGUUUGAACGUCUUUAAAUGUUAAGUGUCUGACUUUUAAUAAACUGUAUCGAGCCACUUCUAAUAAAAAUUAAGUAAUAGGUAGAACUAAUUUACUAGAUUUAAGAAUGAGAAUAAAUUUGUUCCAACAUUGUUCUUGUUUCAAGGA